UCUGCCCUCUAUUUCUGCUGCCCCGGGGUCUUAUGCUGUAUUUAUUUCUUUAUUCUCUUUAUAAAUUUUUGCCCUAAAAUAUUUUUUAGCCCUUCUGCCAUGCAUGGUCUUUUCUUUAAUUUUUGCCUAAGCAUUUUACUUUUGCGCGCGCGCGAGUUCCAGUUUCCCCAUUUUUUUUUAAACUUGCAGUGCCAUAUUCAUGUUUCCAUUUUUGCCAAAUUGAACAUUCCAUGUGCCUCAUCCAUUUUCUGCCCAAGAGCAUAUUCCAUUAAUCCAUUUCCACGUGUUGUCAUUCCAUUUACUGUUGUUCAAAUUCUUCCAUUCCAUUUUCUGCCCGAGAGCCUGAGGAUCGCCAAAGAUUCACUUCGGCAUCCGGUGCUACCAGUUGAGUGGAAGUAUGCUGGGUCCAUUCUAAAACUAAACCUAGGCACAUAAC